GUGCGUGCGUGCGAAAGAGAAACUGAGAGGUGCCGAGACCUCACUAGGGACCCCACAUGGGCCGCUGCGUUCUUGCUCCCCAAACGCAAAAAAGGGAGUCGCUACCCAGUAUAGUAGACUGCAAAAAUGGGGAAACGACAGGAACUACGAUAUAUCACUAUAAUGCAAUGCCAACAAGUGUACAGGCAGCCAAAAUACUGUGUUUGGUAUCUAUAGCAUUAUUUACUGUCUGCUCUCUUUGUCACUGUAUUUUGGCUAUUUGUACAGUGUCUGUCGUUUUCCUAUUCUUGCAUUGUAUUACACUGAGUAGAGACUCCUUUUUUGCGUUUGUUUGUGGAAUCUUCUCCUUUUUGGCAGUUUAUUUUGCCCCCCCAAGACAUGAAGAGCCCCCGCAGUAGCCCCUCGAGGCACCAAAAAAGGUUCUGCCAGAAUAAGGCUGCCUCUAGGAGUAGCCCCAUUGCACUCAAUGGGAUUUAACGUCUGAGUAGAGACGCAUACGCUUGCGUCGCAAAUGUCUAGGUUUUUGACAUGCGACGAGGCUCUUCGGCUUUUUCUUUAAAAAACUAAAAGCAAAGCUGCAAUCCAAUACACACGUACCUAGGAGUAAGUCCCAUUGAACCCAAUGUAGCUUACGUCUGAGUAGACGUGCAUUGGAUUGCACUGGCAGUCUCCUUGAACUCGCUGAGACUGGUUUCUUCUGAGGCACUGGAUCAGGCUCAAAAUGCCUCCAGGCGAGGAGGAUUUUUGAGGUCCAGUCAAGGGGGGCAUUACCUCAGGAAAGCGGGCUUCAGCUGGAUCUGAGGAAUGGUCAAUUUUUGCCCACAGUGUGGAGAGAAGGUAGAGGCAACAUUUAAUUUUUGCCCCUCCUGUGGGGGAAGACUACCUAUGCAAGAGGAGGAACCCAUGCAAAUAACUCCAACUCCUUCACUGAAAGAACUAAGCCAGGAAGGCCAGGAUCACCUGCACAGGUCUCCUAUAAAGAAAAAAGUGGAAAUGUUACUAGACAAAGAAAAAGCUUGUGCUUCACUUAAACAGAACUUGGCAGCUACAUCACCAAAAGCAAAAGCAAAGCCCAGUUCCCGAUCUCCCAGGAAGGACAGGGGUGCCUUGGUGAGACCUCUUCCAGAGGGUGAAAUCCUGACAGACAUGAGCAGUAAGCAGUGGAUGCUUGGAAAACGUCUGAGCUGGAGUGACCGUGGACUGAUGUAUGAAGCUAGGUGUGUAUCUGAAGCUUGCCCUCCAAGGCAGAGAUACUCCCUCAAACUUGAUGCCAAAGAUGGACGGCUCUUCAAUGAACAGAACUUUUUUCAGCGAGCUGCAAAGAAAGCCACUGUGGAGAAGUGGAAGAAACAGCAUUCAGUACCAUUGCUGGGAAUCCCUGAUUGCAUUGGUUUUGGCCUCCACAAUAGUCACUACAGGUUCUUGGUCUUCUCUGAUUUGGGUCGCUCGCUUCAGUUGAUCCUGGAUGACACUGCAAACAAGAUGACGGAGAAAGCUGCCUUGCAGCUUGCAAUCCGACUGUUGGAUGUGCUGGAGUAUCUCCAUGAGAAUGAGUAUACCCAUGGGGACGUUGCUGCUGAGAACAUAUAUGUGAAUCCAGCUGAUCUUGCAAUGAUCACCCUGGCGGAUUACUGCUUUGCUUUCCGGUACAGCCCUGGGGGGAAGCACGUAUCUCAACGCGAGGGCAGCAGGACACCCCACGAGGGUACCAUGGAGUUCAUCAGCCUUGAUAGCCACAAAGGAGCCGGUGAUAUUUCUUGCCCAAGAAACAGAAUGUCCCCAUCCCGCCGGAGUGAUCUUGAGUCCUUGGGUUACUGCCUACUGAAGUGGCUGUGUAGCUGCCUUCCCUGGUCUGAAGAGCUGAUAAAUCCCUGUAUAGUCAUGGAGAAGAAGGAGAGGUACAAAACAGAUGUUAUCAAGCAUCCACGGCUCUCCUAUGGCUGGAGAGCAGUUCCAGAAGCCCUGCAGAGCUACCUGCUACAAGUGAUGUCCUUGGACUAUGAAGAGAAGCCAGACUAUGAAGAGCUGCGAACAGUCCUGAGGAGGCCUCUUGAGCUGAUGAGAGCAUCUGCCUAUGACUCAGUGGAUCUCAAGGUGGCACUCUAGGGUCUGAGAAGCUGAGAGAAGAUGGUGCAGAGAGUCAAACCCACUAGAAUAUCCUUACACCGGAGCAGCUGGGAACACAGUUUCUGGAGUUCUUUUGCAGCUGACUUUUGACUGAGGAAGGAAUGGGAAUUUCUCACAACUGUUUGUUAGGAUUUUGUUGUGUGAUCUUUUAUAGGAUCAAGCUUCAUCUAGCUUGCCUAACUUAGUGAGCUCUAAUUAAUGUGAAGUCUGAAUUCCUAUUUGGCAGAUAGCUGCUUGAGCGCUAUUUUAAAAUAGCAGCCCCAAUUUUUUCUGUGAGUAGGAAAGACUGAGCCUAAAGAGGGGAAACCCCUAAGUUGUUUUUAAUGUGUUACGUUGUAAAUAGCGGCAACCACUUUGCAGUUUUGCCUCCUUGCAUUCAUUGUGUCUUAAUUGUGUGUUAAUUUUAUUUUAAUCUAAUCAGCCCUGGAGUCCUGUUGUCAGGUGGAAAAUUGGGAUAUAAUUAUUUUUAAAUAAAAAUAAAUAUUUUGUUCAUUUUUCUAAUCAACCAUUUUCUUAUGAGCUCUCGGAGCUGUAUUUUUGUUCGUGGCAACAAAGACAGAUAAUAUUCAGGAACAAGUACCUUUAUUUCUGUACUGUCCACCACAUUUCCCUGUUUUGGAUCACAAGGAAGACUGUGUUCAGUGAAGCUGUGUAAGGAACUUUCUCCUUGUCUUCUGCUCUGUUUUUCAGAGCAGAAGAGCCUUCUUCAGGGCAGACAGAGGCACAAGUAAUAUAUAAAGAGCAGAAACAGCAGGUUUGUAGUCCAAAGUGUAAGCCUGGCUUCACAAUUUGCAUAACAGACAUACAUACCAGCAAUGCUUGCUUCAGCUUAUUACUUUUUCCUCCCCACUCAUGCUUCAAGUGGGCAAUCUGCCAUUUUUGUUCUUGUUUAAAGCAGCACCUUUUUAAAAUGGCAAUGAAAUCACAUUAAAAAAAACAGUUGAAAAAGCUGCUCUUGAGGUUAUAGGAGGAAAAUGUGAGCUUGUGAGACCCUGGAUCCAGCUGGGCCCCUACAGCCAGUUUUCCUGGAUUUAAAUUGGAUCAUGCUAUAGACUUGCAAUGCUGCUUUUUCAGAGUCUGUCCUUAGGAGAAGAAAAAGCACAUGUGUACUAUAUGCAGUUAGGGUGCUUCCAAACCAGAUCCACUGUUUUAAAAUACAUUACAUCUUUCUUUACCCAGAAGCACCCUGCAGAGAGGUUGAAAGGGCCAAACAGUUCAGGAGUACUCUUUUGUCCCACCCACCAAGGAACAGGUGAGGAUGUUUGUCCUAUUUUUCCUGAGAUAUAGCCAGGAUAUGCCAGGAGCUGCUCAUGUCGUCGGUUUCUCAUGCUGGGCAACAUCUCUGGUUAGGAUCUCAGUUCUGGCUAUUAUUCUGAAAAAAAAGAAAUUUCCUACAAUGUUAUCUGGAUGUAUUUCUCUUAUCCAUUGUUGUUGUUUUUAUUGAAGAGCUGGAUAAAAACUCUUUAAAUGAAAGUGUUUAUCUGUGUUCUUUUAUACUGCAAAGAACAGCCCAGGGACAAAAGGUGACAAGAGACAAAUCAAAAUGCAGCAAGAGGAAAUGGUGCAAAAUACUCCAGAUUUUUGUUAACUGGUAGAAUCUGCAUUAAUCUUUUUUGGAAGGUACACAAAACUACUAGUAAUAGAGCAAUUUAAAGUGUAAUUGUUUAAACUGGAAUAGUACAUUAACUUGUGCUGUUUAAAGAUGGUUUAGAGUGGGUCCUGUAACAAAAUGUUGCAGUGUGUAGAGUGCUCCUGUUCACUGUUAAAUCAGCCAGCCAUGCCCUGUUCCGGGAUAUUCCAUUCUGUUCCCCACCACCACCAGUUUUCUGUUUUUCCCCAGCAGUAAGUCAACAUUCUGUGGCCACUGAGCAUGCCCAGUCCUCAUUGGGUUAUUUCUUUUGUGUGUGGAGGGAGUCCCUUCUGGGUUUUUUCCCUAAACAAUUUUUUGUGCUUCUGCAAACCUUUGGUUCCUCCAACACUGCUGAUACUUCCUUCUUGUGUGUGGAUGUUGCCACUUUGGCUACAUUAGCAAUGGCACUCACACAGGAACAUUGGAAAUAGAGGGAAUAAUGUAACCAUGGGGAUAUAAUUCACAUCCCCUUUAUCUAGAAAACCAUCUUGCCACUUUCUUUCUUUUCCUUCUUUUUCAUGCCCAAGAGCAUCCUGCUGUUGUGUUUGCUUCAUUUUUUAACAUAGCCGAAGACCUGUCUUGUAUUGGGAUGAGAAUGUUAAAGCUAUCCUGUUGUUAGACCCUGGUAAACCAACAUGGCCUUUCUGAGGAGAAGCACUCUGGGAAUUGAGCAGGGAAAUUUCAUUCUAUUCUGUUUUACACGAGUGCUUACUAUGUUCUAGUUCCAAGCCAAUCCCUUGAGUCUUGUCUCCAGGCAACAGACACCGGCUCCUGCAGCAGCUUUUUGGGGAAGAACAACGUAAUUGAGUUGCUUCGCUUGCUUUCUUACUGGAGAUUUCUUUUCCUCUUCUUUAUUGUUCUGAUACAAUUUGUUCAAAAUCUGUAGACCAAUUAAGACAAGUGUUGUCUAUAUUGUGAAUUUCAGGAAAAUUCAGAGCGCUGGUAGCUUAGCCAAUAUGAAGCACACAAUAAUGUUACCAGAAUGUAAAGAAGGAGUGGGUGGAUAUGAGACAGGAAACUCUCUCAAACUGGCAGAUGAGUAGGACAUUAUUUGAGGCAAGGUGAAAAAUCCAGAGCCUCACUGGCCAUAGGAAGGAGGGCGAGGAAGAAAUACCCAUGGAGGAAUGGUGGAGGAGGCAUAGUUAUUUUAUACCUGUGCAGAGCACCUGAUAGUUUUGUCAAGUACAGAUAAGAUGAUGAAUGUGACUGAAGAAUAUGAUCAUCACUAAAGAUAUGAUGGAUAGAGAGCAGGCCUGGUGCCAGCAGGCAGCCAUGAUGGGCCCUGGCCGAGGGCCUCUGAAGGGACCUACCUUAGGGUGGGAGGGUGAAGCUCCAUGAUCCGGACCAGCGUUGGUCUACUGCAAAUCACCCAGAAAUCUAUCAGAUUCUAAUGUUCCUUCUGCUAUCCUCCUCUUCUUUGGAGGAAAUGGGAUAUGUCACUUAUGGAGCAUUUGACUAUACUUGUCUAGAACAGGCUCCCGCAACCUAGUACCCUCAAUCUUUUGGACUACAUUUCCCAUUAUCCCUGACAUUGGUCAUGCUAGCUAAGGCUGAUGGGAGUUGUAGUCAAAAAAACUAAUUGGGGAAAGCUGGUUUAGAAUCAUACAGAUGGCCAAUUGACUAGUCCAGGAGUGGCCAACAUGGUUUCUUCAGAAGUUAUUGGACAACAACUUCCAUCAGCCACAGUCAGUGUGGCCAAUGGUCAGGCAUGAUAGGAGUUGUAGUCCAGCAACAUCUGGCUACCCCUGGACUAGUUCAUUGACCAUAUUUUACCAGGUAAUUGGCUGGCAUCCCAAGGAAGAAAUCUGAUUAAUGCUUUUUUGUUGUUUUGUUCAGGGAAAGAAAAACCAAAAGUCUGGUAGGCAGAAAUAGACUUUGCAAGGGGAAUGCAGGAAGCUGGUAGUAGUCAAGUCUCUAGUAAAUAAGACAGGAUUAGUGUUCUAAAGUCAUUCAACAUAAAUGAAGACCUCCAUCCUGCUACAUAAUUUAUUUCUUGGGAGCGAGGAAUUAGGAGAGAGAAGAAGGUGCUUAUACCGAGAGGUAUGUAAGUGAUAGAAUGGCAAAAUAUAAAUCUUCAUAUGUAUAAAUAAAUGCACUGUAUGCUUCUUUGGUAUAGUU